ACUGUUAUUUUGGCUUUUUGGUGCCGACUCUAUUCCAAAUUAAUUUAUUUGUUAUUGCCGCUCCGUUUGGACUUGUUUGUCAACUUUUUCGCAAUGUCUAUCUACGCCGAUGUGCAAAAAGGACCUGCAAUUGAGGUUUUCGCCCUGACGCAGGCUUUCAAGGACGACAGCAAUCCCAACAAGGUCAAUUUGUCGGUGGGCGCUUACAGGACGGAUGCUGGAGUGCCGUGGGUUUUGCCUGUGGUCCGCAAAACUGAAAUCUCCAUUGCCAGCGAUGAGGCUCAGAACCACGAGUAUUUGCCAGUGACUGGUCUCGAUACGUUUACAACUGCGGCCACGGAAUUGGUACUGGGUGCUGAUUCCCCUGCCAUCAAGGAGAAUCGAGCCUUUGGAGUGCAGACCAUCUCGGGCACGGGAGCCCUGCGUGUUGCCGCCGAUUUCCUGCACACACAGCUUAAACGCAACGUGGUGUACUACUCGAAUCCGACAUGGGAGAACCACCACAAGAUUUUCUCGGAUGCGGGCUUUACCACCCUGAAGUCGUACCGCUACUGGGACCAAAACAAGCGCCAGCUGGACUUCAAGAACAUGCUGGCCGAUCUGGAUGAGGCUCCGCCCGGUGCUGUGAUUAUCCUGCAUGCCUGUGCCCACAAUCCCACCGGCAUUGAUCCCACGCAGGAGCAGUGGACCGAGCUGGCCAACUUGCUGGAGAAGAAGAAGCUCUUCCCGCUGUUCGACUCGGCGUACCAGGGAUUCGCCAGCGGGGAUCCGGACCGGGAUGCCUGGACUGUGCGAUACUUUGUGGAGCGCGGCUUUGAGCUCUUCACCUGCCAGUCGUUUGCCAAGAACUUUGGCCUCUACUGCGAGCGUGCUGGCAAUCUUACGGUGGUGCAGAAGCAUGGAGCCACCAAGGCGGCGGUUCACUCGCAAAUGACUCUGCUCAUUCGUGGCCAGUACUCGAAUCCGCCAGCCUACGGUGCCCGCAUUGUGUCCAAGGUGCUGAAUACGCCGGAGCUGCGCAAGGAGUGGAUGCAGUCCAUCCAGACCAUGUCGAGCCGCAUUCGUGAGAUGCGCAAGGCUCUGCGGGACAAGCUGGUGGCCUUGGGAACGCCCGGCAACUGGGACCACAUAGUUAACCAGAUCGGCAUGUUCUCGUACACCGGGCUGAACGAGAGCCAGGUGCGCGUCCUGAUCAAUGACUUCCACAUCUACCUGCUAAGGACUGGAAGGAUCAACAUGUGUGGCCUGAACACGGGCAACAUUGAGUACGUGGCCAAGGCCAUCCAUGCCGCAGUUACCGGAACAGGAGCCACUGCAUCCUGUCCCUGUGACAACAAAUUGUAAAGGGCACCUAUCGAUAGGCUAUUUAAAGAGUGGGCUUGAGAUUUACCAAGCUCUUCACCAUUAGCAUUUAAAUCAAACCAACAGAAAUUGCAAUUACUAAACGUUUAUACACGGCUUUUACAUGGAUAUAUAUUAUACACUUGAUUUGGUCAAAAGAGUUUGGAUUGGAUAGCUUACAAAUUGUGCACAAUUGAAAAGGCCGUCAGAGAUUGGUUAAACAAUGUUUAGCUUAGUAACUAAAUCUUUAUUGACUUGUGUGUAGAACUUUGUUACAACGACAAUAACAUUACUGAAGUAUUUCAAA